AUGUCCGGAUGUUUUAGAUCGCAUAAGACGGCGCCAUCAUUGCUUGCGAUCUUUAUGGCCCUGACAUCCAAACAUUUCUUAUCGUUCUGUAGAAAAAUGCAUGUCACUUCAAUUCCUAUGAGAUGGGGCAGUGGGAACAACUACGCCUACUUGCUUCUUGACCAGCCAACGAAAAAUGCAUGGUUAAUCGAUCCCGCGGAGCCUGAGGAAGUUCAACAAUUUUUGGCGAAAUCCAAGUUGAAUUAUGAACUUAAAGCCAUUGUGAACACACAUCAUCAUUACGAUCACGCAGGUGGAAACCAAGCAUUCCAUAAGUUGUACCCUGAUUUGCCAAUAAUUGCCGGCAAAGAUUCACCUUUGGUAACAUACACCCCCUCACACGAGGAGAUCAUAGAUUUGGGAGACGACCUUUCCAUCACGGCUUUGCAUACACCAUGCCACACCCAAGACUCGGUGUGUUUCUAUGUGGUGGAUAACAAAACCAACGAAAGAGCAGUGUUCACAGGUGAUACAUUGUUCAUAAGUGGGUGUGGUAGAUUCUUCGAGGGUACCGGCGAGGAAAUGGAUAAGGCGUUGAAUGGAAUUUUGGGUAAACUUCCUAAGGAUACUCGUGUAUACCCUGGACACGAAUACACCGGGUCGAACGUCAAGUUUUCACAGACAAUUUUGAACAAUGAUGCGAUGAAGAAGUUGGUUGAUUUCACCAACAAAAACGAAUGUACCACAGGAAAGUUCACUAUUGGCGACGAACUUGAGUUCAAUCCGUUCAUGAGAUUGGGAGAUUCUGCUGUGAAAAAGGCCACCGGAGCAACAAAUCCCGUCGAGGUGAUGAGCCGAUUAAGAGAAAUGAAAAAUAGUAUGUAA